AUGAUUUUCAAUCGUAACCACAAUGUGCGUUCAUUUCGACUCUCCAUUAGUCCGGGCGGCACUGAUCGACUUGUUGCCUUUGGUCCGGGAGCUGUUAUAAGCGGCUCCGUCUUUUUGACACUGGACAAAACAAUCCAAGCACGUAGCUUACGAGUGGUAUUCAAAUGUCAAGAUCGAGAUGGACGAGGACCACCCAAGAACAUCUUUACAGUGGAGAAUGUGAUCUGGGGCAGCAGUAGUAGUAAUGGAGGACGUCGUCGUCGUGGCAACAACAACAAUCAUCAACAACAACAACUCAAGUCUGGUGGACACAUGUACUUGUUUGCUAUCAAGCUUCCCAACGUCAACUAUCCGCCUUCAGUACAUGAUCACGAUUUGGUGGGACAUCGGAUUGAAUAUAGCUUACAAGCCUAUUUGGAUUUACUGCCAGACCGCACUGUGGAGACAAGCCCUGCACGAGUCCUUUACUUGCCCUUGGUACCCUGCCAUGCUCCUGCAUCAACAAGUGGUGGUGGUGGUGCCAUGUGUAGACAAGUCUUUAGACGAGGUGAACAUGUGUUGGAAACAUCCGCUCAGGUGGUCAAGCCAUCCUACUGCCCAGGCGACAUGUGCUCAGUCAAACUCCAUAUCAAGAACCGCUCCGAUUACAAGAUCACUACCUUACAGGUGGCGCUUAUUGCUCGGCAUCAACGUAAAUCAUAUACAAUGAACACAGAGAAUUUAUACGUGUCGAUCGGGAAGCAUGCCCCUGGAACCGAUACACUAUGUCAUUUCACUAUCCCACCGCAUUGCAUCCCAACAUCACGAUUAUCCAUGUUUGAUUUGACAUAUGAGGUGGUGGUUACCAUUCCAUGGAUGUCAUCGCUUUCGAGUUGGAAGUUCCCAUCGCUUGGUUCUUACAGCUCAUUAGCAUCCUCAACGUCUUCUUCAUCAUCCUCAUCAUCAUCGACAUCCUCGUCUCAACAACAAACCUCCUCAUCCUCCUCGUGCGUAUUAAGUUUGCCAGUGACGAUUGCCAGUGUCCCAUCCACAUAUCCUGUAUCGCCACAUUUAUCCUUACCCCUGCCGGAUUAUGAUCCCGAAGGGUAUCCCAUCUUGCCUUCGUUCAUCCCUAACAUUGAAUCGCCUACCAUUUCCCCCUCGUCUCCUGAACCUAUGCCAUCAAGAAGAUCAUCAAGCUCACCUGAUUAUCUCUCCGUGUCUCCGGUGGAUUCCUUGGAUGGUAGAACUUUGUGUGAUGGGUUUGAUGGAGUAGGAGGAGGUCGCCAUCAUGGGAUCACAACAUCAAGCAAUCAGUUUUUAGCUGUACCCAACACCUCAUCAUCAUCAUCAUCAAAUCAUCCUCGUCGAAGAGCAUCCACAAGUUCGGUUGCUACUGAAUGCAGUGCAGAAGCUGGUAGUUUGUUUUCUGAUUCAUCAUCCCAUACACGCGUGGCAGUCUAA